AUGUCAACAACAACAACGAUACACGGUGGAUGUGAGGGUCCAGAUGCGAUGUACGUAAAAUUGAUUAGCAGUGAUGGACACGAGUUCAUCAUCAAAAAGGAUCUGGCUUUAACAUCGGGUACAAUCAAGGCAAUGCUCUCUGGACCGGGCACUUAUGCUGAAAAUGAAUCGAACGAAGUGAAUUUCAGGGAAAUACCGUCGCAUGUCCUACAGAAAGUAUGUCAGUACUUCACAUAUAAAGUACGAUAUACGAAUAGCUCCACAGAAAUUCCAGAAUUUGUGAUCGCACCCGAAGUGGCUCUUGAGUUAUUGAUGGCUGCGAAUUUUUUGGAUUGUUAA